AUGACUGUCUUCUGCAACACUGGAUACUUCAAGAAACGGGAGCUGAAAAAGUUCUACAAACGCCAGAACGAGAUUGUCGAAGGAUGGAAGAGCGAUGAGAAAUUAUUGUCUCUCGAAGGCGGCAAAUCCAACUUGCGAAAUGAUACCGAAAAGGUUUGAAGUUUUCAUUUGAAAAAAAAACCAGAGGUCGCUUUUAACUGUUUUGUCAAAUUUCCAAGGGCCAAAACUCUGAAUUUUGUUUUGCUCGCAAAAUUUGUGAGUAUUCUUGCAUUUUUUUAGCUUUAAUUGAGUAAUAAAAAAAAUGUUAGAAACAAUGUGAUGAAUCCAAGAAAAAUCUCGUAAAUAGUCGCUUCUAUUCUUCAUUCGAUCAACUGAAUCUUCUCAAACCCAUAAAAAGUAUUACUUCUUAAAAAAACUAUUCAGAAAAGGAAAAAAGGUAGUUUCGCGUUUAACCUCGAGUUCCUCUUCGGAAGUCGCGUCGCACACGCAACGCUUAACCCCUGACAAUCAACCCAUGCCUUUCAAGUCGGGAUAAAUUCACUAUAACUUUUUUUUUUUGAUUAAAGGAUCAUUUCAAGAUUGAAGUUGACUUUGGAAAAAAAAAUUCAAGACUAGCAGUUCAAAAACCAAUCCUAAAGUUUUCUAGAGGCUCCUUCCAGGUAUGGGACACCAGAAUUUCCACAGUGACAGUCAUUCUCAACGUGCUUCUGAUUGGAGCAAAAAUUUUCGCAGCUAUCGAAUCUCGUUCCCUUUCAAUUUUGGCUUCUGUGGUUGACAGGUAUUAAAAAAUCAGUUUGAUUUCAAAACAGAGAAUUCAGUUUGAUGGAUGUCGUGGCCGGCUUGAUUGUUUGGUACACCUGCAAAAAGAUCGAAAACACCAACAAAAAUCACUAUCCUGUCGGGCUCAACAAGUAAUAUUUCACAAAAAUUGAAGAGAUUAUCGAUUCUCGUGCUUUAGAUUGGAGCCUCUCACAGUCGUUCUGGUCGGGAUGCUCAUGAUUUUCGCGAAUAUGGUGGUUGUUCAAGAGUCUGCGACAGAAACUAUCCUCGGGAAAGUGAGGAAACUAUCGGGAAAUAUUUUCAUACUAAAACUUUAGCUCUGUCCAAGAGUUGAUCUAUCCAUCUUGAUUAUUCUCUGCACAGGAACUUCGAUCAAAUUUGGUACUCGUCCAACGGAAAUUCAUUUUGAAACGUAUCUUUCAGUACUUUUCUUGAUCUGCCGUGUCCGUCGCUCAGCAGCCUGCCUGGUUCUUGCGAUCGAUCAGGUAUUUAUUGAAUAUUGAUCAUGUGAUGAAAGUUACUAGCGCAACGACUGCAUGACCAACUUGGUCGCCCUUGCUGGAGCUUUCAUCGGACAUCGCUGGUGGGUGUAUGCCGAUCCGAUCGGAGCCUUUCUCGUCAGGUUUGGGGAUUGAUCUUGAAAACUGAGAAAAAAAAAAGUUAAGUGGCUUCAUCAUUGUGACUUGGGCUGGAACUAUCAAGGAGCACGUUCCUUUCCUGAUUGGCAGAUCGGCGGAUCCAGAAUUCAUUCAUCGAGUCACCAAUGUUAGUUUUUACUUUAUUCAUAUCAAAACUUAAAACUAAUUCCCAAAUUUUUCUCCCAUUGUUAGUUCUUUACCUGUCGAAAACACGAAAAAGUCAAUCCUAAAUGGAGCAGAAUGAAUUUGUGGAUACCAAAUACCUAUUGAACUAUUUUUCAUACUUUUUGUGAACAUGCUUCUUCAUGAAGUAAAACAAAGUUUGAAAAACUUCAGGUAUUGUUCUAUAUUCCAAGGUUAUGAGGAUGGACUUUCAUUUCUUUUGAGGUGUCUAUCAACCACGACGAGCGAAUUCGCAGUCUCGAUAUGGUCUACGUCUAUCAUUUCGGCGCAAACUUCCUUGUUGAAGUUCAUGUGGUACUUAAAUUUCUAAUCUUCUUCUCAAGUUUCCCACAAACUUAGGUUCUCGAUGCGCGAACGACUUUGAAAGACGCUCACGAUAUUUCCGAAUUGCUCCAGUGCAAAAUCGAACGCUUGCCUUAUGUGGAACGGGCCUUCGUUCACUGCGACUACCAACACGACGGCGACGAACACUUGUAG